CCCGCCUCAUAAACCUCAACAUUUUGUCUGCUUUCCUUCUGUGUUCAAUUCAGAUAGUCUCUCUCUGUCUUCACAAAUUCUGAGAUACUCAUACAAGGAGAAAACCUGAAACCAAUGGGCGAGCCUGCAGAGGAGAAGAAGGCAGCAGCGGCGGAAGGUGGGAAAAAAGAGGAUGAGGUAAAGGCGCCGCCGCAGGAAAUCGUUUUGAAGGUGUUUAUGCACUGUGAGGGCUGCGCAAGGAAAGUCCACAGGUGUCUCAAAGGAUUUGAAGGAGUGGAGAAAGUGAUAACAGAUUGCAAAACGAGUAAGGUGGUGGUGAAGGGCGAGAAAGCAGUUCCGGCGAAGGUGGUCGAGAGGGUGCAGCGGAAAUGCCACCGCCAUGUUGAGCUCAUCUCUCCGAUACCCAAUCCGCCGCAGAAGCAACCGGAGAAGGAGGUUGUCAAAGCUGAGGAGAAAAAAGAGGAGCCUUGUGUGGUGACAGUGGUGUUGGGAGUUUACAUGCAUUGCGAUGCGUGUGCUCAAGAAAUUACAAAGCGCAUUCUCAGAAUGAAAGGGAUUGAAAGCGCAGAGGCAAACCUGGCGAGGUCAGAGGUAAGCGUGAAAGGAGUGGUGGAGCCCACAGCUCUUGCCGAUUACGUGUACAAGAAAACCGGAAAGCACGCGGCGAUCGUAAAGGUCGAACCGGGGAAGAAAGAGGAGGAGAAAGCGAAGGAAGAGAAGAAAGCCGAGGAAGCAGAAUCUAAGAAAGCGGAGGGGGACGGUAAAGAAAACAAGGAAAAGAGCGGCAAGGAGGCGGAUCUGAAAAUGGAGGUGAGGAAGAACGAGAUGUACAUGUACUAUUACUACCCGCAGCAAAACUACGAGCAGCAGAGAUUUGAUGUGCAAGAUAUGAAUGCGUUUAGCGACGAGAAUCCAAAUGCGUGUGCGGUGAUGUAAAUCCGACCUUCUGCUCUGGGCAACAUCUAUGCUCUAGUCUACAUGGUGGUGGAUACAUAUAAAUCUACAGGAAAGUUCUAGAAUUUUGUGAGGAUUUUGAACCUUGUGUUUUUAUUUUACUAGUAUUAAACUUUUGAAAUAUUUGUGACAUGCUUUCGAUAAUAGUAGUGUAAUGUGUGUGUCAUAUCAUAGCAUAUUGUAAUGUAUCGUUUGGCUGAAUUGCUGCUAGCAAAAUUUCACUGUUUUGAAAACCUAGCUAUUUUGGAUUUUGGUUGAGCGAGAUGAGUCUGUAUGUCAUCACUCAUCACUAUAUGUUAUUAGUACUUGUGGAGUAGGAAUGUUUAAUGGAGUACUAGCUAAAUGUGAUUUCUAGUUA